UGUAUGGAUCUCAGCAGUCCUGGCCAUCAUCUCGCUGACCAGCAUGGCCUCCUCUCCGCUCUCUGUUCCCGGCACCCCUAGGGCCACCACGCCCUUGCCCUCCGAAGAGGAAAUCGCUCGCUCGACUACGCCCUCGCCGGACGAUGCGCACACGAUGACGACGCAAACAGAGACUGAGACGGUGUGGAGGAAUCAUCCGGCGGCGGCAAGUGCUGUGAGCGCCCUUCCAUCGGGUGAGCCGGUGACAGCGACGGCUACGGCUACGACAGCGGCUGCGAAAGGGAAAGAGAAGGCAGCAAAGGGACCACUAAAACUGCUGGACCUACCGGUGGAUAUUCUUAAAGAAAUCAUACACCAGCUCCCACACACAAACGACCUCACAUCUCUCUGCCUCUGCCACUCGGCUCUCCACCGACUCACCAUUCCAUGCAUCUAUUCGCGCUUCGACAUUGUAUGGCCAGACGAAAGCACCCAUACCGAGCCGCGGUCAGGCGUGGAUGCGCUCACGUACGGACUGGCAACACUGGUCAUGGGCUAUGACUGCUUCCCCCACCAAUCCCGGCUGAGGCAGCAAGGAAACGCGUCGAAUGCGCUGGCGAACCCUGCCCCGACACCGUACCCCGUUCCACCGCGCCGAUUUGGCAACUACUAUGGGCAAUUCACCAAGAAGUUCUCGCUGGGCAAUGGGCCACAAGCAUGGGUGCAGGAGUACAUGAUCACGAAAGAAGGCGGAAAGAUGCUUGGAACCCUGGUAGCGCUCGCAAUUGCGCGCAUGAUCAACCUCGAAACCUUCGUAUGGGACAUGCCUACCGGAGUCCUUCGCGAUGUAUGGCUUGCGCUGUCUAGUCUCGCGUACCGCAGCGAUAACGAGGAAUGCCGACUGGAGCGCCUCUGGAUUCGAUGGCACGACAACACUAUUGAUGCGCCAAUGCCUCCGCCCGCCCCGCCCAUGAUACUCAAUAACCAAAAUCUGCCACCGCCCCCUAAUACGACGCAUCCGAGCGGCUUAGGCACCGUUCAGCCUCCUGUCAUUGUACCUCAACAAUAUGCACCGAGCAGUCUUUCUGCACUAGAUCGUGUCGAACACCCCACAUUCUCGGCUAUCCCAGCACUGAAGAGCUUGAGCGUCUUGGACAUUGACGAGUUGCCAUAUCUUGACGAAAUGAGCAUUCUGAUUGCGAGAUCGCAGAAGAAGUUACGGGAACUACGGGUCGGUGUUGCACCUCACGCACAGCAGAGAGACUGGGUAACAGUGUGGGAAGGCGAUGGCCUUCAGCAAGUGGACUAUAGCGUCUCAACGACCGCGGCCAGCUCAUUAGGCGAAAAGAGACUUGGAGGUGUUUUGGGCAUUCUCGUUGGGCGGAUACAUAACAUGCGCCACUCCGAGGAGUCGCACCCUCAGAUAUCUGGUGGUGCUGGAGUCACAGAGCGACCAGUAGAGGCAACACCAGUCAAGCCAACAAUGUCGAACCCUUUGCCUUCCAUAGCUUCGCUGUCAUUGCACAGUCGAGAAACAGAGCCGGACGUCGACCACUUUGGAAAUCCAAUGAAUGAAACAACCGUGCCUGAAGGAGUCAGUCUCUUCAACGAAAGUCAGCCAGUCGGUGCUGGACUACUGGCCUCACCAGCAAGCCCAGAGAAAACACCGUCGAAACAACCCAGCGCCCCUCCGUCUGAUAGUGAACCUGUUGGCUCGAAGGACGUAACACCCGAGUCUCCAGAGCCAUUACUGAACGGCAAGUUGAAGCUUGAAGUGUUGGAGCUCGAACGUGUCCCGCUUUCAGUCUCAGUGUUACGCAGAGCGUUCGAUUGGUCCAUUUUAUCCACUCUGACCCUCUUGCACUGUAGCAAUCAUGAACAGCUAUGGAAGGUUCUGCGGCGCACAUAUACCCCUAGAUCCGCUUAUUCCGGCUCGCCAUCCGCGUCGAAAGCGUACAAGGCCUCCUACACACUUCGAUCCGAAUACCAACUCAAUCUCAAGCGAAUACACACAAACACGGUAUCGCCUUCCCUAAUUUCAUUCUUGAAGGAGACGCUAGCGCCCAACAGUUUGGAAGUACUGUUCCUGCAGGAGGGCCGGUCCUACUCAUCUACAGUAACAGUGGAUGCAAUCUACAGGGGACCCAUGCGAAGGCAUCGGGCAAGUUUGAAGAAGUUGAUGAUUGAUAGCGGCGAAAAGGGGCCCGAUGGACAUACAACUACAAGCUCGAGAUGGAGACGGUGGAUGCUGAACCGCGAGAUUCUUACCUUCAUUACAAGCGGACGCAUGAGCAGCCUUCGGGAACUCGCGGUGUCGAUUGAUUACAAAGACUGGCACCACUUCCUCCAGCGCCUCCCAUACAUUCCUCACAUCCGCUCUCUGUAUAUCCCCUUCAUCGCUGACCACGCGCACGGAAGCAACAUCGACUCGCGCGAACUAGCCUACCAGAUCCUCGACAUCGUGCACCUACGGCCGGAAAUUGAGCUCUGCUACAUGGGCUUGUCGACCAAGUGCUUUGAGAUUUUAGAAAACCGACCUUCAAAUUACGACCUCCGGCACGAAGGCAUGCACGCUGACGGCAGCGGGUCCGGGUUUGUCGCGAACGACCCCAUGCUGUCGGACGACGAGAGUGAAGCUACAGAAGACGAAGAUGACGAAGACAUGGUUGAUGGCGCUGUAGCUGGAGGUGGAGAUGAGACGGAAAGCGAGGCGAGCGACGAGGUUGAUGCGGAGAGUGACGAUGAGUCCUUCAUGCAGGACUCGCAGAAGGGACCGAAACUGAGGGUGAGGGAGAUUUUGUUCUAUGAAGAGCGAGUCGAGGCGUUUAGGCGGCGGCACGGUGUGCUAAGGCCGUAAUGUGGCGGCGUGGGUUCAAGGUGUUAUUUGAUGCUGGCAUUUUGUGCGUUUGGGAAAACGGUAUGGUGCGGGAUGGCGUUAUUCUGGCAAUAUCCUCGGUUUCUACUCUGAUCAGAGAUCUCCAAGUCUGGGCACUACGUAUGGCGCCGGGCUAUGCUAUUGCUUUCACUACUUAUUUACCCCGUAGUUUCUAUUACGUAGGAAUCUUCGACUUCUGCCUAAGCGCGGGUGUCGACUGCAAUGAUUGCAAGACUAAA